AUGUAUCUCCAGAAAAGGGACGGCAACAUGGGCUUCAGUAUCGCCCCAGCUCUGAUCAUCUUUCUUGUCAUCCUCGGAGCGGGCGCGCUCGUCUGCUGUGGCUUUGCCGUCCAUCGAUUUUAUGGCGGAGAACCUGAAGAUGAGUCAAGCCGUUUCCAUCGGAGCCCAGAGCAAGACUCGUACAUGAGAGAAGUGCGGGAACGAAGCUGGCGCAAGCUUCCGCAGCUUGGGCUGCCACACCCAUAUUAUCAUUCGAAUGGUGGUAACGUGGCCCACGCGCCGAUGAGCCCAAGCAAACGACCAGAGAAAUAUUCUGUCAAGGCGCAGGGACGCGGAUUGAUCCGGGAUAGACAUCGAUAG